AUGGGGAGCCCAACAUCAGCGGACAAGUCCGAGUUCGGACGCAAUGUAUAUGUCGCCAGUCUUCCCCUGGACUUUGACGAUCAGCAGCUUUUUGACCUCUUCGCACUGUAUGGGCCUAUUAGCUCUGCACGAAUCAUGCGCAAAAAAGGAACGCGGGAGUCGAAGGGGUACGGUUUUGUUUUGUACAAAAACGCCUCCGCGGCUGAGCUGGCCAUUUCGACUCUCUCCGGCAGCGUGAUUGGGGGCAACAGAAUUCAAGUGCGCCUGGCGCACCCUGAUGCGUCCACGGCGUACAAUAGCCAACGUACCCCGAAAAGCAGCAGCUCAACUCCGGCACUGCAGUCAAUGCAUCAAUUACCACCUUCGCCGCCGCUGCCGCUGCCACAGCAGCCGCCGCUCGUCCCGCCGCAGCCACAAGCGUUAGUGCCAGCAGCGACGACAAAUCCGGCUAUGAUGAUGGCAACACUCCCUUUCCCCACGGUCUAUCCAACGAUGUACUCGCCCGUUGUCCCGCCUGUCCUGUCAGCCUCCUCGACGUCUGCCGUGCCCGGUGUAUUCCCUCCACAGUUAAUGCUGGUGCCGCAGUUUACCUCGCAAGCGCAACAAAUGGCGCCACAGACAGCGGUUUACAUGGUUUUCCCAGAAACCGGAGUCUCAAGCUCUACUCUUGUGUGA